CUUCCUUGUUACAUCACACUCCCCGUAAGUCACAAUUGGGCUGAAAGCAGAGCCUGGCCAAGCCGACAGGUCCUCAGGGCCAGCCCUCCCGCUGAAUCCAGGUGGCCCUGGAGGGCCACAGGUACACAAUGAAGUACCCUCUGGUGCCGCUGGUGAACGACCUCACACUCUCUUUCCUGGUUUUCUGGCUCUGUCUGCCUGUGGCUUUGCUGCUGUUUUUGAUGAUCGUCUGGUUACACUUCUUACUUAGUCAAGAGUCAAAGGAAGAUGAUUCAGAUUUAUGCUUCAACUGGGAGCCCUGGAGCAAAGGACCAUUCGAGUCUGACUGUGAUGGAACAUGUCCUGGCCAAGAGGACAGGCUCCACUGGUGAGCCUGCUCUACCAGGUGUCAUCUGGGCCUAAGUGGAUGGAGGGAAGAGAACACUGGUGACUGAUGGGCCUUCCCUGGGACCUCCAGUUUGUCAGACCUGCCAAGCCUCUUGCCAAACCAUCCAUUCUCCAUCAUCACAAAUGACCUGGAGCCUGGAAGAGCCAGGCCCAAGCAGCUUAUGGGGGCCAGCUCAACUUACAAGAUGUGUUGUUUACCUAUUAAAGAAAUGGGGGUACUCUUGUACCCCGACAGAGCUU